GACGAUCCACGCAAGCGGUCACGAACAAAGGCGUCCCGCGACCGGGAGAAUUUGACGCCGGGGGCGGCGGAGAAUGCCGACUCUGUAACUUCUGUUUUGGCCGGGGCCGCACAAAAACACGGUAUCCCUGCUUUGGGACCUCUUCCGCCUGGCUGGGAGGAACGCGUGCACACAAACGGUCGCAUUUUCUACAUUAAUCACAAUGCGAGGACGACCCAGUGGGAAGACCCACGAUUGGAACGAUUAGGUGGGCCCGCCGUUCCCUAUUCCCGCAAUUACCGACAGAAGUACGAAUACUUCCGAUCUCGUCUACGGGCACCUCGAGAUGUACAGGCCAAGUUUGAGAUUCGGGUUACUCGCCAGGGCAUUUUUGAGGACUCCUUCCGCCUCAUCUACUCCAUAAAGAAACCCGAAGUUCUUAUGCAUCGCCUCUGGAUUGAAUUCCUUGGUGAAAAGGGCCUCGACUACGGCGGUGUCCAGCGCGAGUGGUUCUUCCUUCUUUCACGCCAAAUGUUCAAUCCUUACUACGGUCUCUUUGAGUACUCUGCAGCUGAUAACUACACCCUGCAAAUAAAUCCGCUCUCCGGUUUGGCCAAUGAUGAUCAUCUGCGUUACUUCAAGUUCAUUGGUCGAGUCUGUGGCAUGGCAGUGUACCAUGGCAAACUGGUGGACGGUUUCUUCAUCCGACCCUUCUACAAGAUGAUGUUGGGCAAGAAAAUCACACUGAAAGACAUGGAGGCAGUGGACUCGGAGUACUAUCGCAGUCUGAAGUACAUCCUUGAGUCAGACCCCCGCGACCUGGCCCUUACCUUCUCCGUGGACGAGGAACACUUUGGUCAGACUGUGGAAGUGGACCUCGUGGAGAAUGGACGGAACCUCCCGGUCACGAACGCCAACAAACGGGAGUACAUAGAAAAAAUAAUAAAUUGGCGUUUCGUGUCCCGGGUGGAGCAUCAGAUGUGCGCCUUCCUGGAGGGCUUCAAUGAUCUUAUACCCCUGGAGACCCUGCAGCUUUUUGAUGCCAACGAGCUGGAGCUGUUAAUGUGCGGCCUUCAGGACAUCAGUGUGCAAGACUGGAAAGCAAAUACUCUCUAUAAGGGUGAAUACAACGCCAAUCAUUCCGUGAUAAUCAACUUCUGGAAGACUCUGUACACUUUUACCAACGAGCUACGCAGCCGUCUUCUCCAGUUUGUGACCGGAACUUCGCGCGUUCCCAUGAAUGGAUUUGUGGAACUGUGGGGCUCCACCGGACCGCAAAAAUUUACCAUUGAAAGUUGGGGCACAGUUGACCAGCUACCGCGCGCACAUACUUGCUUCAAUCGCCUCGAUCUGCCACCCUAUCCGACCUUUGAGGAACUGCGUUGUAAACUCAUAAUUGCCAUUGAGAACGCAGAGGGCUUCGAAGGUGUUGAUUGA